AUGUUAAUUUUGCAAGAAAUCCGACAGUUGGAUCAGUGGAAAAACUCAAGAUGUGUUGAAGUUUUAGUGGAUGGCUUUCAUGUUCAAAUUCAAGAUUUCCUACAUUUUGAGGAAGUUGAUAUUUAUUGUAAAAUGAUGUCAGUUCAAGAUAUUGUUUUGCUUAAAGAGAAUUUCCUGACAUCUUCAACGUUGUCUAGUUUCGAUAUACAAACGGACACUGACUUCGAUGAAAGCGAGCAACUCCAUGAAACUUUUGGACUUCCUUCACUUCCAGUCGAUCAGGGCGUUUCUCAGAAAAAGUGGUUCUUCCAGAUUCCUAAUAACGAAAAUGUUUUAAGUUCCACUAUGGCAUCUCAAACUUUGAUGGUGGAUUUCCCUGCGGUUAUCAAAUCAAAAGUAUUGGAAAAACUUGAUGUUUUCUCAAUUUUGAAACUUCGAAAAGUUUGUUGGAAGCUCCGCGAAUUUAUCGAUCAACAGCCACCAAAAUUGAAUAGUUGUACAGUUAAAGUUACUACUUCACAUGAAGACGGCAUAUCAAUUAUUGUGGAAUCACCAAAAUAUGGAGUGAACACACGGUAUCAACUAAAAGAAACGCUUGAUUUCCGUCCAGAUGGAAAUGGUUGCAUAAUGGAAUGGACAAAAGAUUACAGCGUCUGCAAGGAAGUGGUGGAAAUGGAAAAUUAUGUCGAUGUAUUUUUGAGAGAAUUCAAAAUAUUUAUGAAAUAUCAUUGGAGACCAGUAUCGGAUUCUUUUGAAAUUCACCAAUUCGAAAAGGAUGGUGAACAAGUGCUCAAAGAAUUAACUAAAAUUGGAAGUGUUUCUACCGAUGAAGUGGUUUUUUAUGAUUGUACCCUCGACCAGAUUGCCAAAUAUUUACCAUUUUUCAACUUAAAUCAUUUGAUCAAAAUUCGAAUGGAAGGCGACUUCAAAGAGGAAGAAGAAGAAGAGGAAGUUGAAGAAGAUGAUGAAGAAGAAAAUGAGGUAGAAGAAGAAGAAGAAAAUGAAGAAGAAGAUGAGGAACACGAAAUCAGAAUGGUGAAUUUUCAAAAAAUCAAACAGUUGGAGCAGUGGAAAAAAUCAAAAUGCGUGGAAAUUGAUUCAGUGUAUUCUUUUAAUUUCCAACAUUUCUUACAUUUCGAGAAAGUUGAAAUUGUUUGCCUAUCAAUGCCAAUUCAAAAUAUUGUUUUACUAAAAGAGCAGUUCCUGGCGUCUUCCACAUUGACUCGUUUCGAUGUACAAAUUCGAAAAUUUCGUUAUUCUCGUAGGGAACGCAUACUUAGAGAAAGGAUUGGGAUUCAUCAUAAUUAUUUAAGUGAUAUACUCUAUCCAUCAUUUGGAUCGCCUUCACUUCCAGUCACUUGGAGGUACGCACGCAAAAUUUGGUUCUUUAGAAUUCCGGAUAGUGAGAAGGAAAUAGUUGAAUUAACUGCAGAGGAUGAAGAUCAUUUUAUUUUCCGGCGGAUUAAAAUUCAAGAUGUUCCAGUUGGCGCUGUUAUCAAAGACUAA